AUGUGGCAGAUUUGCCGCAGGAUGAGGAGGGGCGUACCGCAGGUCAAGAACCCCGAGUUCCACAAUAAGGCGGGCGUGGGCGGCAAACAUCAGGCGCGCAUCCACGGCAAGGAGAGCUCCACGGGCUUGAUGGUCCGGAACGUCGACUCCAACGGGGACGAGGACAGGCCUGCGCGCGCCACGCUGGACCGGCGAGAGGCCAAGUCCCUGGUCGGCGGCGAGAAGGCCAGGGCGGCCCUGCUCGCCAACAUGGGCGGGCACAUGGGCGAUGCCAAGGACGGCCCCCGGCCGUCCCUCCAGGUGUCCGUCAACGGGCGGAUCACCGUGGGCCUGACCGGCUUGGCCAAGUGCGCCGGAGGGAAAGAGGCUCGCAUCGCUGCCAUCGAGGCGGCGAUGAAGCAGCAGCAGCAGGAGAUGCUGCGCCAAGGCGCCAGCUCCGCCGGCAAGGGCCCCGCCUGA